AUGUACCAAAGCGCAUCAAAAAGUGCCAAAGAAUAAACUCUGGUUAUUGGAAAGGCUAGCAAUUCCAACUUAUCUAGAAGGGUUCAAACCGAGACAAAUGAUUAUGACGAAGUAGAAUAAGAUAUUCAGACAUUCUAAGAUAUAUCCAAUUUCAAGCAUCGCAAUAAAUUUAUAUCUUUUAAUAAACCAGCCAAAAAACCUAUCAUGAAAGAUUUUAAUGCUUAAUAUCAACAAUGUUUAAAGAAUGAGAAUCAAAUUAAACCAAUAUCUGAAGCUGUUAAAAAAUGUCAGAAACCUUAAGGAUUAGAUAAGAUCAAUACAAAAUCGUUGUUGAUCCCAGCCAAGAUAACUAGACAAGAUUACUCCACCUAUACUUACCAAAAUCUUAAGGCCAUUGGUAGUGGAUCGUUUGGUACAGUCUAUAAAUCUAAAGUAAUAGAAACAGGAGAAAUAGUGGCCAUCAAGAAAGUGUUGCAGGAUAAACGAUACAAAAACAGAGAAUUAUAAAUACUACAAGAGUUGAAUCAUCAAAAUGUAGUGAAAUUAAAGCAUGCUUAUUUCACACCUUCGGACAACAACGAUGAGACUUACUUAAAUGUCGUAAUGGAUUAUUUUCCAGAAUCAUUAUACUCUUACAAUAAAUCAUUUAGAUAGGCAUAGGCUAGGAUGCCUGAAAUAUUGGUGAAGAUCUAUUCAUACUAACUGCUAAGAUCAAUAUAUUAUAUAUCAUUAUUAUCCAUUUGCCAUAGAGAUAUAAAGCCUCAUAAUAUUUUAGUUAAUCCUAAUCAUCAUAAACUUCAGCUUUGCGAUUUCGGGAGUGCAAAAAAACUAGUAAAAACAGAAGCAAACAUCUCCUACAUAUGUUCGAGAUGUUAUAGGGCUCCAGAAUUGAUAUUUGGAGCAGUCAAUUAUGAUACGUAGAUCGACGUUUGGUCAGUAGGAUGUGUGAUAGCUGAGUUAUUUAAUGGAGAGCCACUCUUUUUAGGAGAUAGUGCUGUCGAUUAGUUAAUUGAAAUCAUAAAGGUACUUGGAACUCCGAAUAAGGUUCAAGUAUUAAGUAUGAAUUCAGAAUAUGACAUGCAAUAAUAUAAAUUCCCUUAAAUUAAAGCGAGGGAUUGGAAGAGAGUGAUAAAAACAAAUGAUUCCAUGGCUACUGAUCUGGUUUCUAAAUUACUUGUGUACUCUCCCAAAACAAGAUUCACUCCAAUUUAGGCUUUGGGUCAUCCCUAUUUUGAUUAAUUACGAGAUUUACAUCAAAUGAAACAACUAUAAGAAAUCUACAACUUCAACAUUUAAGAAUUGUUCGAGUUUAUUGAAACUAAUAAAAUGACCAAUGAUGAAAUUAAGAAGUUAAUUCCUGAUUGGAUCAGCAAUAGUUCUUCUAAAAUCGUAAAGACAAUAGGUUGA